CUCUAUAAAACCCAGGUAAAACCCUUCCUUUCUCACACACACUCAUUCACAAACAAAAAACAAUGGUUUCCUCUUACCACAACUCCCUCACUAUCCUCCUCACCACAUUCCUGAUCCUCUGCUCUCUCGCCCACGCCACUUCCCCUGCACCCUUUUUGACUCUGGUCAACAACUGCCCCUUCCCCCUCUGGCCCGGCAUCCAGCCCAACUCCGGCCACCCCGUCCUCGAGCGCGGCGGCUUCUACCUCCCCGCCCUCUCCCACCGCUCCUUCCCCACCCCGACCCAGCCCUGGUCUGGUCGGAUCUGGGCCCGCACCCACUGCACCCAGACCCAAAACCACUUCUCCUGCCUCACCGGCGACUGCGGUGGCCGCCUCGAGUGCAACGGAGCCGGCGGGGCCGCCCCCGCCACGCUAGCGCAGGUCAGCCUCCACCACGGGCCCAACGACCUCUUCUCAUACGGCGUGAGCCUCGUCGACGGCUUCAACGUCCCCUUGACCAUCACCCCGCACGAGGGCCACGGAGUGUGCCCCGUGGUAGGCUGCAAGGCCGAUCUGCUCGCCACGUGUCCCGAGAGGCUGAGGGUGACGUCGCACCCCGGCGUGGUGGCGUGCAAGAGCGCCUGCGAGGCGUUCCGUACGGACGAGCUGUGCUGUCGGAACCACUACAACAGCCCGCAGACGUGUCGGGCGUCGAGUUACUCGGAGUUUUUCAAGCGCGCGUGUCCUGCCACGUUUACUUUUGCUCACGACAGCCCCACGCUCAUGCACCAGUGCUCGUCGCCACACGAGCUCAAGGUCAUCUUUUGUCACUAGAGAGAGAGAGAGAGAGAGAUGGUUCCACUUCAACGUGUUGUUGUCUUGGUUCUGGGUUGGUUUGAAUAUGCAAAUAAAUUAAGUUUAGGGGUUGUUUGUUUUGGUUGUGUAAUUUGUGUGAUGUUUGGGGCUGGUUAUGCAAUGAAUAUGCAAUUAGUGAUGUGUUGGUACAGAAAAGGAAGUACCUUCUCAUGAAAACACUUGUCUUUUAUGCGUGAAGAAAUACAGAAUUAAAUAUAUUUUGCUUUGGC